AUGGCGACGGCGGCUGCCAGCCGGCUCAGCGGGACGGUCCUGUCGAUACCCAACUACCGCUCCGCUUCUCCCAACCGUAUCAAGCUGUCCGCCGCCGCUGCCGCCGGAGCCCGCUCGCCGGGCAAGACCAUCAGUGUUGCAUCGGCCGCCCCCGCGAAGAGCCGUCAGUCCUGUAUGUGCUCUCCGACGAACCACCCCGGCUCGUUCCGCUGCAGCAAGCACAAGAGACGCAAGCAGGAGACUCCGACCUGCCACGGACACGGCCACAGCAAGCCCGCCUCUCCGCCUUCGCCGGCAUCCCUCGGCAGCGGGGCCUCCAAGAUGGUGACGCUGGUGCGGGUCGGCCGCGCCAUCGAGAGCGGUACGUGGGCGCGCAGGGCGCUGUCGCCGACCCCGCAGUCGCCGCACCGGAGGCGCGCCUCCGCUGGCUUCCGGCCCCGACCUAGCCGUCUCUCCACUGUCUCCUUCGCCGGGGACCGCGCCGGCGACAACCGGCAGUGA